CAAGAUCUGGACUGGAAAUGAUCUCCGUCGCGCAGUGCGACGUCGGUAUCAAGCGCGAUGGCUUGGCGCUCGCCGAGCUGCAUGAGCAAGCGCUUGGUCUCCAAGGGCUGCUGCAUGAGAUCUGUACGACGAUGACCAUGCGCAUCCAGGCGGUCGCGUCGUCGGUUGAGGCGAGUGAGGCAGCUGUCGAGGCGCAGCGGGCGGCGACCACCGACUUCUUGGCCACGCACGAGCCUGUCACUCUCAGGAUCAACUCGAUCUUUGAUGCGCUUCAGGGCCAGGCCGUGGACCCCAAUAUGGUCGGCGGCGAGGAGGGCAAGACGCUCUUCGACUUUGUCGAUGGCGACACAGUGCUGCAGCUGCAAAAGGACGCCGCCGCGCAUGGCGCCAUGCUGCACGCGCUCGUGGCAAAGCAUGCGAUGGCCCUCGACACCAUCCGCUCGAUGCUUCAUUUCUACUACACGAUCGAUUUUGAGAUCCUUGGUGACGCGACGUCGUCGUUCGAAGCGAUUGCGAUCCCCGGUGGCGACGUGUGGGCGACCCUCGCCAGCCACGUCGGCGACCUCGUGGCCCGCACCGCCGAGAACAUCCCACAGCACCGAUCGUUGCUCGAUGGCAACACCUCCCAAGUCUCAUCGUCGUCCCUCGCGCUGGUCAAGGCCAGCCAAGACGCUGUCGACCGGCUGAGUACGCUCUACGACACGGCCCUCGACCACUUUGUGGAUAUGGAGCAGUGCGACCGCAAGAUCGUCGAGAGCUUCGCCGACAUGCACGACGUCAACGUCGAGUACGACCGCGUCUACAGUGCGACACGCGCGCUGUACGAGGAGCUCGUGACGCUCGAGGGGUUCUAUGCCCAGUUCCAAGCGUCGUUUGCGUCGCUGGCCAUCGAGCUCGGACGGCGAAAGGCGUUUGCACAGCAGCAUCUGCACGCGGCGCGGGAGAUGCAGGCGCGGCUGCGUGCUGCCGAAGAGGCCGAGCAAAAGGCGCGGCAAGCCUACGCGACGCUGCACCUUCGAUUCCUUCCCGCGUCAUUGGCCCCGCUCGUCGAGGAAGCGCCGUUGACGAUGCGCCUCGAGCUCGUGCGUCCGACCGUCGAGUAGCCAGAGCAACAUUGUGUGUACUGUAUCAUUCACUGCGUCGACGGUCGACUACUACUGCUAGCUAUAAGGUGCUCGUUCUUGACGAGGUCGGUGGCGGGCGACGCACUGGGUGUUGCUGUCGGCAUCGUCGGUUGGCUCUUGGCGGCGCGCUUCUCGAUCUUGACUUUGGC